CCCGCGUCGUCCGGCCCGUCCAAGGCCAAGAAGACGAACGCCGGCAUCCGGCGCCCGGAGAAGCCGCCCUACUCGUACAUCGCGCUCAUCGUCAUGGCCAUCCAGAGCUCGCCCACCAAGCGCCUGACGCUCAGCGAGAUCUACCAGUUCCUGCAGAGCCGCUUCCCCUUCUUCCGCGGCUCCUACCAGGGCUGGAAGAACUCGGUGCGCCACAACCUCUCGCUCAACGAGUGCUUCAUCAAGCUGCCCAAGGGCCUGGGGCGGCCGGGCAAGGGCCACUACUGGACCAUCGACCCGGCCAGCGAGUUCAUGUUCGAGGAGGGCUCCUUUCGGCGGCGGCCCCGCGGCUUCCGAAGGAAAUGCCAGGCGCUCAAGCCCAUGUACAGCAUGAUGAACGGGCUGGGCUUCAACCACCUCCCGGACACCUACGGCUUCCAGAGCUCGGCUGGCGGCCUCUCGUGUCCGCCCAACAGCUUGGCGCUCGAGGGCGGCCUGGGCAUGAUGAAUGGUCACUUGCCGGGCAAUGUGGACGGCAUGGCUUUGCCCAGCCACUCGGUGCCCCACCUGCCCGCCAACGGCGGCCACUCGUACAUGGGCAGCUGUGGUGGCGGGGCGGCCGCGCUCAACAGCGGCGCCUCCUACAUCAAGCAGCAGCCCCUGUCCCCCUGCAACCCCGCGGCUAACCCCCUGUCCGGCAGCCUCUCCACACACUCCCUGGACCAGCCCUAUCUGCACCAGAACAGUCACAACGCCCCAGCUGAGCUGCAAGGCAUCCCUCGGUAUCACUCGCAGUCACCCAGCAUGUGUGACCGAAAAGAGUUUGUCUUCUCUUUCAACACCAUGGCGUCCUCCUCCAUGCACUCCGCCGGCGGCGGCUCCUACUACCACCAGCAGGUCACCUACCAAGACAUCAAGCCCUGUGUGAUGUGAGCCGGGAAGCCCACGGGUCCCUGGCACGGCAGUCGGAACAAGGGACCUGGGAACCCAUCCCUAGAAACUGCUUUAUUCUCGAGGUAUAACCAUCGGCAGAAGAAAAGGGUUUGACCCCUCCCCAACCGGAUUAUUUCAAAAGGAACCCCCAGGGCAAAGAAGCGGCACAGAGGUUGGCACCUCCUCUCCUAUUCCCUCAAAAUAUUUUAAACAUGGUGGCGUUCAGGCCUAAUCUGACUGCAGCUGUUGGUAAAUAAGUCUCUUUUUUUUGAUCCGAUUGAAACCGGCUGAGAAGGUGCUGUGUUGGGGGAAAACCCUCAACAUCUAAACAAAAAUUCUGCUGAGGUCUCUCCCCCCGCCCUUAACCCUUUAAUGGAAAAAGUGAAGGGGGGGAUUUUUUAGAAGAAAGGCAAACACAUGAGACCAUCAUUAUCAAAUACUUUUAUUUUGGGGUUGAGUAUUUAUCGUUUUUAUGUUUAACUUUCUUUGGGAAGAAUGUCUUGGAAUGCGCAAGUCGCGUGGUAGAGCCGCGUUUGCAGGGAAGGGGGGGCAGAAGCCAGCUCUCCCUCCCCACCUCGGAAGCCCUGCAGCCGCAGGUGGAUCUCUGUGCGCACGACUUGUGUUUCUGAAGCCACUGUUCGUUUUGUUUUUGUUUUUUAAAAAAGAAACCAAUGGAGCCCAGAAGCAGGCGGCUCUCCGGGCCUCUGCCACCCCCCUCCGCCUUCCUCUUCUUCCUUCUCUGCAGUCUUUCUGGUUUUGUUUUGAAUUUUACGUGGACUUUUUUGGAGGGUGUUUUUCUGUCUCCCGACCUCUACUGUAAACUGGUGCGAAAGCGGCACGAACAGGGCCGGACGCGGGACGGGGAGGCCCGGCCAGCGCGAGAAUUCAGGAUUGCGGCGAUGCAGAAAGGUUAAGGCACUUUUUAAAACUAUAGCAAGGCUCAUCCUGUUAUUUAUUCUUUCUUUCCCUAGUAAUCGAAACACCGCAUAGGCUCCUCCGUUUAUCAGUAUUAAUGGUGUAACUUUGUUGGCAAUAUUUGCCGCGUAGAAUUUUUUUUUAGAUAUACAUUGUAAAUUUGAAACAAAGUCCAAUGUGUGUAAAAACAAAUCCCCAUAUGUUUUAUAUAAAUAUAUAUAUAAAAUGAAGGACUACCCCCUUUUUUUCUAGUAUUUUGGCUGCUGGGGUGCAGCGUUUGUGACACGUAUUUUAAAUUUCCUUCUGCACUGUAUAAAAUGACAAUUUGAGGAUGUUUUGCCUUUUGUGUACUUUUUUCCUAAAAAAAGAACAAAAAUAAAAAUGUAUAACAUUUGUA